CGAGAAAUGGAGAAAAACUGUCAGAACAAGUUUUUGCCAGCUCCCUACCACCAGGUAUCGGCGGAAGAGUGAAGACUCGGUGGUACAAUGGCCAUUAUCAUCAAUGGAAGAAGGAGAAGCAGCAGCACUGGCAUCGCCAAAGCACUCCUCGUCUUCCUCGCUUUCGCUUCUUUGUAUGCAGCAGCAACAGCAGCAUCAGACACCCUGAGACAAGGCCAAGUCCUCAGGGACGACCUGGUUUCUCGCAGUGGGAUGUUCAAAUUAGGGACCUUCAACCCCGGUGCUUCCAAGAAUCGUUACUUGGGGAUUUGGAUGGAGGAUGCAGAAGAUAGAAAAGUCGUGUGGGUUGCCAAUCGUGAUAAACCCAUCGUUGAUUCCUCCGGUUCUCUUAUGCUCGACGACCGUGGCAAUCUCAACCUUACAAUCGGCGGAGGGCGGUUUAUUGUUUUAAAUUCCAACCAAACAACGACGGCUGCGAAUACUAGUAAUUUGACUGCUACGCUUCUCGAUUCCGGGAAUUUUGUUUUGACAGGGGAUGUGAGCUUCAAUGCCAAUGGGAGUGCUGGUGUGAAACGGGUGGUCUUGUGGCAGAGCUUCGAUUAUCCAACCGACACACUUCUGGCCGGGAUGAAGCUAGGCUUCAACUUUAAGACAGGACGUAACUGGUCUCUGACUUCUUGGAUAAACGACCAAAUCCCUGCUCCUGGAGCCUUCACUCUGGGAUUGAACCCCAGCGCUACAACCCAAUUGUUAAUAUGGCGUCGAGGGGAAGUUUAUUGGAACAGUGGGGACUGGAAUUUCAGUGGGAGAAGGUUUGACAUCGUGCUUUGGUUUACAACCGCGGUGUCCAAUUUAAGGUACGUUUCGAAUGAGGAUGAGAAGUACUUCAUUUUCUCUCCCUAUCAGGAGAAGGAGAGUGAUUCUCGUCAUGUCGUUAAUGGUUGGGUCAUGGAUUCAGGGGGGUUGAUCUCGAAUUAUGGGUUGGCGAAACACCUAAAUUCCAUGGAGUUGGCAAGAACCUCUUUAGUGCUUGAAUGUUUAAAUCCUUCAAACGAGCCCUAUUGGAGUCCAGGGUGCGUGGAACAGAAGAAGCUGCCUGAGUGCAGGAGAGGGGACGAGGAAUUCCUAGACAGAAGGGGCCAAAUUGUUGGCCAGCCAUUGCAGAUCGACUCCGACCCAAGUCUGGGCAUCACGGAUUGUGAUGCUAAGUGUUGGAGCAUUUGUGACUGUGUAGCUUAUGCCACGGCCAACGACAAUGAGACUGGAUGCCAGCUUUGGAACCAAGACUUUGAAUUUUUCAGUGAUGAUUAUGGGAAAGAGUAUGUGAUCCUUUCACGCAGUGGAAAGAAGUGGUGGAGAUGGCUCAUCAUCUCAACAGUAUCUGCUAUAAUAGUGUUGCUUCUCUUGAUCUGCUUAUGCCACUUAGUGAGGAAAAAUAGAAGAGGAAAAGGGGAAAUGGAAAUAGGUGAGGAGAAGUCAUUGCUUGAGUUGGGAAGAAAAGCUUUGGAUGAAUUUAUGGGCACUCAUGAGUAUGAAAAUGAUGGAAACAAGGAUCAUGAAUUGAAAUUAUACAGUUUUUCCAGCAUCAUGGAAGCGACAAAUAACUUUUCACCAGCAAACAAACUUGGGGAGGGUGGGCUUGGACCUGUCUACAAGGGUCAGCUAAUGGGAGGACAAGAAAUAGCAGUGAAAAGGCUUUCAAGAAGUUCUGGACAAGGACUAAUAGAGUUCAAGAAUGAGAUCAUACUCAUUGCUAAGCUACAACAUGUCAAUCUUGUUAGGCUUUUAGGUUGCUGCCUACAAGGGGAGGAGAAGAUAUUAAUAUACGAGUACCUGCCCAAUAAAAGCUUGGAUUCUUUCCUCUUUGAUUCUACGAAAAGGGAACAAUUAGAUUGGAAAAGGCGUAUCAACAUCAUUAAGGGGAUUGUUCAAGGACUUGUUUAUCUCCGUGAAUAUUCAAGAUUGAGAAUAAUACAUAGAGACUUAAAAGCCAGUAACAUUUUACUAGAUGAUGAAAUGAAUCCCAAGAUAUCAGAUUUUGGCAUGGCCAGAAUUUUUGGGCGGAAUGAAUCUGAAGCUAAUACAAAUAGGGUUGUCGGGACAUAUGGUUAUAUGGCUCCUGAGUAUGCCAUGGAGGGUGUUUUCUCAGUGAGAUCUGAUGUCUACAGUUUUGGAGUCUUGUUACUAGAGAUCAUUAGUGGGAGGAAGAAUACCAGCUUUUAUCACUUUGACCGCCAUAUCAACCUUGUUGGAUAUGCAUGGGACUUGUGGAAACAGGGUGCUAGUUUGGAGCUAAUGGACUCGAUAUUGGGUGGUUCAUGUUCUAAACAAGAGUUCUUGAGAUGCAUUCAUGUGGGUCUCCUCUGCGUACAGGAAAAUGCAAUAGAAAGGCCCACCAUAUCAGAUGUUGCUCUUAUGUUAGCUCAUGAAACUAUGCCUCUGCCUGCUCCAAAACAACCUGCGUUUUCUUUUGGAAGAGGUGUGACUGAGUUAGACUUACCCAAUGCCAAGCCCAAAAACUGUUCCUUAAAUGGUCUCUCGGUUUCUAUUAUGGAUGCACGAGGAUUUGGAAUUGCUCUUUUUAUACUUGCAAUUUUCAGGUCCUUCUUAAGAGUUGAAAUCCCUCUGAAAAAUCGUUCUCCGCUUCGUCACUUUCCCCGUUGUUGUUCUUGGUUAAUGGCCGUUCUCAGGAAAACCACCACCAGCAGCCGCACCGCCACCACCACCGACGUCGCCAAUGUACCACUUUUCCUUGUCAUUUUCUCCUGCUUCUGUGCUGCCGCUGCUCUAGCGUCAGAUACCCUCAUACAGAACCAGCUGCUCAGGGACUGGGAGCAAUUGGUGUCCGCAAAUGGAGUUUUCAGGUUGGGCUUCUUCACCCCGGGCAAUUCCAAGAAUCGUUACUUCGGUAUUUCCUACGCCAAAGCAACUAAUCUCACCGUCGUCUGGGUUGCUAACCGAGACACUCCCAUCACCGAUUCCUCCGGAGCUCUUACCAUUGACAACAAUGGCACCUUGAAAAUCUUGUACAGUGGAGUGAGUCCCAUCGUGUUAAGUUCCAACCAAUCGACGACCAGGGGUAGUAAUCUCACAGCUAUGUUACUGGACUCCGGCAACCUUGUGCUCAGAGAAGUUGAUUCUGAUGGAACUGCGGAGCGUGUUUUGUGGCAGAGUUUUGAUUACCCAACAGACACGCUCUUGCCCGGGAUGAAGCUGGGUUUCAACUCCAAGACCGGCCAUAACUGGUCUCUUACUUCUUGGUUGAGCACAGGCGACCCGUCUGGAGGGGCUUACUCUCUGGGCGGGGACCCCACCCGUACGACCCAGUUGAUGGGCUGGCGUCGAGGGGAUAUUUACUGGAAAACUGGGAUCUGGAGUAACCAAAGUUUCGAGAGCGUCCCUGAGUUGACAUCAGACAAUGUCAGAUACAAUUUCAGCUACAUUUCGAAUGAGAACGAGACAUACUUCACGUAUUCUCUUGUGAACAGCUAUUCUCCUCCUUCAUUGUGGGUUCUGAAUUGGCUGGGAGGUUUCAAUCAAUUUAAGUUUUAUGAAUUAGAAGACAAGUAUCUCAGUUUAAGCAUUCAGUGUCCACCCCAUUUCUCCUCCGCCUCCCCUGCGUCCUCCUCCGAUGAGGAUAGACUGAUGGGGUGUGUGAACCAGACGGUGGUGGAGUGCAGGAGCGGCGACCAGUUCGACCGGAGGAGGGGGUUUGUGAGUGGUUCUCCCUACAGGGCCGUGGAAAAUACGAGUCUGGGACUCGUUGACUGCGAUCAAAUGUGCUGGAGCAAUUGUUCCUGUAUAGCCUAUAACACAUUGUAUGACAACGCGACGGGAUGCCGGUUUUGGAACAGAGACUCCGGUUUCCGGGAAGAUAACAAUUACCCCGGCGAUGUCUACAUCCUUCGUUCCUUCUUCAAUCAAAUUACGGCAACAACCAAUGGAAAUGGGAAGAAGAAAUGGUGGAUAUGGAUCACCAUUGGAGUAGUAGCCGGCUCUGUAAUUCCUUUCUUAGUCUUCUUGUGGUGUUGUUUUAGGAGGAGAAUUUUCAAGUCAGACGCAGAAGAAAAAGAAAAAAGCCAAGAGAUGUUACUACUUGAGUUAGGAACUAAUUUAUCACCUUCCCAAAAAUUGCGAAACUCAAGUUAUCUGGAAAAUGAUGGGACAAAGGAUCAUGAGUUGAACCUCUUCAGUCUGGCUAGUAUUAGAGUUGCCACGGAUUAUUUCUCUUUAGAAAACAAGCUUGGGCAGGGUGGAUUUGGACCUGUUUACAAGGGCAAAUUACCAGAGGGAGAAGAGAUUGCAGUGAAGAGGCUUUCAAGAAAGUCAGGACAAGGAGCAGAGGAAUUCAAAAAUGAGCUCUUACUUAUUGCCAAACUCCAGCAUAUGAACCUUGUUAGGCUUCUGGGUUGCUGCAUUGAAGGGGAAGAAAAGAUGUUAAUCUAUGAGUACAUGCCCAACAAAAGCUUGGACUCCUUUGUCUUUGAUCCUACUAAAAGGCAACUCUUAGAUUGGAAGAAACGUUUCAACAUCAUUGAAGGGAUUGCUCAGGGGCUCCUUUACCUUCACAAAUAUUCUAGACUCAGAGUAAUACACAGAGAUCUAAAAGCAAGUAACAUUUUAUUGGAUGAUGAGUUGAACCCUAAAAUAUCAGAUUUUGGAAUGGCUAGAAUCUUUGGGCAAAAUGAAUCUGAAGCAAACACCAACAGAGUUGUUGGGACAUAUGGAUACAUGUCACCAGAGUACGCCAUGGAGGGAAUUUUCUCAGUUAAAUCUGAUGUCUAUAGCUUUGGGGUCUUACUAUUGGAGAUUGUGAGUGGUAGGAAGAACAGUGUUUGCUAUGAGUUCGACCCCCCACUCACUCUUCUUGGAUAUGCCUGGCAGCUGUGGAAAGAAGGUGAGGGCCAAAAGAUAAUAGAUCCAGUGUUGGGUUGCUCAUAUCCCAAAGAUGAAGCACUCAGAUGCAUUCAUGUGGGUCUGUUGUGUGUACAAGAAAUUGCAAUUGAUAGACCCACAAUGGCAGAUGUUGUUAGCAUGCUUAGCAAUGAAAUCAUACAGCCACCUGAUCCUAAGCAACCCGCACGUUUAAGUGGUAGAUCAAGUAUAAUAGAUAGAGAUUCAGAAAGAGGCAGAUCGGAUUGUUGUUCUGCUAAUGAACUUUCUAUUUCUGUGAUGGAAGGCCGAUAGAGAUAUUUGCUCAUUGAAGAAGCUUGACACCAUGAUCUCAUUUUUUAUGACUAGAAUGUAUUUUUACAGUAAUACAUAUACAGAGCAUGUAUAUUUGUACAGAAGCGAAUUGAUGACUCUAGCCUGUGCUUAUUUUGGUAUAUAUAGGUUCUGUUUGGUAUCAUUCCUGCAAUGUUUUGAGUUGAAACAGCGUUAAUACUUGAUCCUA